CUUGUACUCGUAUGUACUGUACCUAUAAAAUUACGUAUCACUAAAUGGCUAAAUGAGUGACCAGUCGCGAUGCUGAUAUUGAUUAUGGCAGUAAUUUUAAAUAAUUUCGCAGAAGCACGCGUCUACUGCCAAGACUCGCACGCCACCGAAUUCUUCUACCUAGGCUUCUCCUGCCCGGUCAACUGCAACAACGUCGUGGCAGCCGUCAAAAGAUUAAAAUUACUAGACGAACAAAGCAUCAGAAACAGUUACAUACCCCAGAAGGCCCGUCGAGACACACGCACACGAACAUUCUACAAAACGUGCGAAAACAUAUUCACAAACAAAAUGGCCGCCGAGGAAAUACAAAAAGAAAUACGACAGUUCCACGAAAACUGUAAACUGUAUUUACAAAAUGAAUCUAUGUAUUUUGACGCGAGUAAAUGCUUUAGAAGAAGCUACCGAAAGGAAUUAUUGGGGGUUGUCACAAUGAUAUUGAAUAAACACGCGCAUGGGACGUAUAAAUUUACGGAGGAGAUGACAUCGUUCAUCCUAGAAAAGGUCGUAGGGGAAUCAGCCGACGACAAGUUAGACAUAUCGAAAUUACUGCAAUUCCUUAAAAAAGCGUUGAGUAAGCACAAAACGGUGGCGCACGCGGAGAUGAUCACGCUGCAGUCAAAGCACUGCCUGUCUACGAGUGUGCCGGGUUGUUACUGUCGGUCCGGAUUCGUCGAGCACUCCGGCCAGUGUGUGCAGCCUAACGACUGUUUGACGGAUGAAGAUAUAAAAUAUAUAUCCCGAGUAAAUAUAUUAUAGUAUACAUAAGACAAUUUUA